AUGGAAAAUUCAAGCUCCUGCUCUAACUCUCCUAUUUCAGAAGUAGAAUAUUCAAGUGACUCUAGCGAAACGUCAGUAACAGGAUGUUACAUGAAUGAGCCUGAAUACUCCAAAGCAGAACUUGAAAAAGUGACUUAUAAAUCUAGUGAUAGCGAAGAAGACGAAUUCAAUUCAAGCAGACUUGAAAAUUUGCAUUGGUGUACUUGUACAUGUUGCGUUAUUUAUAAUUGCUUCACUCUUGUGGAAUGCAAGUGUUGCCAAGAAUUUUUCAAUUUAUUGAACGACAAGUUGAAUGAUAACAAGUGCAUCACGAUGCACAAGGAUUUUGAAAUUUUAUGUUUGAACCGCACAGUGUUAGAGACAGCCAGCAUACGACAUCGACGAUAUCAGAAAAAAUAUAACGAACUCUCCACAUAUACUAAUAAGGAAAUGAGGUACACCAGUUACCGACAGUACACGGCCUGGGUACAUUAUUAUGAAAGGCUUGGAAAAGGAUGUCGCGUGGUGAUUCCAGCUUGUGUUGUGCGGAAAAUAAGGGAAGAAUUUCCUGAUUCAGAUGGAAAAUAUACUGGAUUCAAAGAAUUUGUUGACAUAUAA